AUGCUCUCCAUCACAAAGACCUUGGAGGACCUAACCCUCCAGGAUCUGUACCCGGACUUCGACUCGAAGGGUCCCUUUCGCUUCCUUGACCUCCCGUCUGAACUUCGCCUGCGUAUCUACUCUUUCGUCCUGUUCGCCACCACUCGUCGUCGCUGGUUGCAGCAAACCCGAACAACCGGCAGCGUGGGUGCCUCGUCGAAAAACCCCCCUUCUGCGCCGCUGCCAGAGCGUCUUUCGCUCUUUCUAGUAUCGAAGCAAGUCCACCUGGAGGCCAGCGAUUAUUACUACUCCACUCAGACCUUCCGCGUAUUCCCAAUUCAGGAUUACUCCAAAAUGCCCACCAUCAGGUCCUUGCCACCGCUCUACCGGCCGUCAAUUUCGAACAUCGAAUUGAUCCUAGGCUCGAGUUGGACUAAACCCCCGAAAUCUUGGACCGUCGACAAUUCGCUUGGCCUGGAAGAUAUGCAUCGGGUUCGUACUUUGAAGGUGUUUAUAGAGUGUGACCCGUCGCAUCCGGUAUUCGAAGGUUUUCGCGUUUCCAAGGGCUUCUACACGAAUUUCGCUGGUGAUCUUCUGCGCAAGAUCCUGGAGAGAUUACCGGAUUUGAAACACGUUGAGUUCGACGGCUAUCCCUCUGUCCGUAGACAUGGAGCCCUCAUGAUGCGGCUAUUGCAGGAGACCAAAGUGACAAAGAAGCAGAUCGUCUGGGGGCCGGAAAGGCAGUGGAGGCAUGACGUGGAGUCGGAGAGCGAAGGGGAGGAAGAGCAGGUUUUAGAGGUAUCUUGAGGAGUGCCACUGUUUAUCGUGCCAACAUUGUUUGUCGUACUGUCGCGCGGGUUUACCGGAAGAGCACUACGAAGUCGACAUUCAGUCUCCAGGACUGUCAUGAGUUAC